CGAAACGCUAGAAAUCAUUAUUGGUAGAAAGUUAAAGCUUUGUGUUAUGAUUAUUUUUGCUGCACUUCUCUCACUCUUUUAAUUAAAUUGUUUACCAUUGUUUAGGAUUGAAACAGUGUUAUAUCUCAACAAUUUUUGUAUCAAAUUACUUGCCCAUAAUUUGAUCUAGAUUGACAACAUUCAGAUAUUUUUUACUUUGAAACUGAGAGAAUUUUGUAAAGCUAUAUAUACUUAUGGAAGUCGAUAGCCCACCAGUAACUACAUCUGCUCUUCAACAAUUUAUUGUUUUAUCCAAAGCAAGUAAAGGAUUGGCUGCAGUUGAGUUGAUAAAGCAAGUUCUUAAUCAUCCACAAAUCUAUGUGUUCGGAGAAUUGUUGAGACAACCCAAUAUUAAGGAGUUGGCUGAUUCAGAAGACCAUAGAAAAUAUUAUGAACUAUUGGAGCUAUUUGCUUAUGGAAACUAUUGUGAUUAUAAUGAAACCAAAUAUCCGCCAUUAACGCAGCAAAUGAUAACAAAACUACGUCACUUGACUGUGGUGAAUUUGGCGAGUAAAAACAAAAUUCUAAGUUAUGAUAAAUUGAACGAAGAACUUGGGAUAGAUAAUCUGAGAGAGCUGGAGAAUCUUAUUAUAGAUGUAAUCUAUUCGAAUAUUAUUAAAGGUAAAAUGGACCAAGAAAAUGGAUGGUUAGAGAUAAGCUCAACUAUAUCUCGAGACAUUAAAGAGGAACAACUAGAAACGAUAAUAACUGUUUUAUCAGAUUGGUGUUCAAAUUGUGAGAAUGUCAUUGCAGACAUUGAAAGUCAAAUAAUUAAAGCAAAUUCAACAAAAAGCGCUCAUUCAAAGGAAAAGCAAGAAUUGGAGGCCCAGAUAUCAAGUAUUGAAAUGCAUUUGAAAAAUUCCGGUCAAGACAUCGAGUUUUCACAAGAUAAUUCUGAUAUGAAUUUAUUCAUGAGUCAAGCAUCAAAUGUUGGUAAAACUAAGCGUACUCCACGCCGAUCUAAUAAGCCGUCUGGCCCAGGAACGUCCAGAGACUCGAGAUCGUUUGAUUGAAAGCAAAGAUAUUUUUUUAAUUUUAUGUUUCAUAGCAUACUAAAUUCUGGUGAUUAUUGAAAAAAUAUUUCGCCAUCUCUAAUAAAUAUCCAUUGUGUAAACCACUCAGCAAUUAUAAAUGACCAUCAAAAUAUUCUGUUGUAUGUAGUUUUUGGUUAUAAUGUCACCGAGAAAUUAAAAAUUUAUCGGUUUUGCAGAAUAAAACAGCAACCAUUACCAAGA